AAAGCUAACGUGAGAACCGCAACGGCUACUAAGAUCGUUUCAAAAGAUACUGUUGCUAAUUUUAAGUUGUAAGCUAUAAUCUAACAACAGUUUAUAAGUAUAACAUCAGUAUACUACGCAAUAUUGUCAAUAGUCUUCUCUCCAAUGCGUGUUUGACUUUUAAUUGGAAAUCUAAAAUUGUUUAUUUAUUUUUUAACGCGCUUCACUAACUUUAGUUUUAAGAAGAAGAUAACUGAAUCCCACCAGAAAGAACUAUUUUUCUCCCAUUACCCUUUUACCUAUAAAAAUAAUGGAUUCUAUUUCUCGCAAAAACCGAAAGAAACGAAAAUUUCAACAAGGGAUUAUAUACGAAGGAAAUGCUAAUAAAUUAAUCAAGAAAGAAUCUGAUGAUAAAAGUAGUAUAAACAUUUCUCCUAAAGAAGUCUAUAAUUCAUCUUUUGAUAAAAAUGAUCCUGAAAGUUCCAUUCCUGAAUCUGAUGUCCACGAAUUUGUUUACUUUAAAAAAAUUUUGGACACUUUGAAAAGUGGUGUGCCUGAUGAAGAUAGAGCACUAUUUGUUUUAAAUGCCUUAGAAGAGUCUAAAGGAAAAGAAAUAGAAUUGUCCUGUCAUCACAGCACAAGCCGUUGCAUUGAAUCAUUGCUCUCAUUUUGUACAGAUGUUGGCAUGUGGAGACAAUUCAUGACAUCAUUUUCAAAUGAUAAAGUAACUGUAUGCACUAAUCCAAGUGCAAGUCACAUAGUAGAACUCUUAAUUCAAUUUGCACUUAAAAAUAUCAAAAGUUCGUCAUCAGUUUUAGAAACAAAUGAUAACACGUCAUUUUUCCUUACCUGGAUUGUAGAGUUUGGAAAUUUUAUUCUAGAAAAUUUCACUGACUGUCUUGAGAACCAGUAUGCUGCUCACAUAGCAACCAGUGUUAUCAGGGCUUUGGGUGGAGAUAUGAGCAAGAAACUGAAUAAAACUAAAAAAGGUGUUUCUUUAGAUGAAGCUUCUUCUAAUGGUACUUCUUCUAUAGAAGAAAUUGUUUUAGAAAACAUUCCAAAGGAGUUUAAAGAAAAACUGAAACUUUUGUCUAAACUAGUACGCAAAAUUGAAAACAUUGCAGAUUACGUUUGUGAAAGUUAUGGUGCUCUUGUGGUGGAAGCUUUGAUUUCUAUUCUGAGUAAAAGAAUUCCUAAAUAUUGUAGGAAAUUGAUCAAGAAUUUGGCCUCUAAUCUUUUUGAUCAAAAGGAUAAUAAUGGUGUUCCUGUUGCUUUUCUACAAAAGAAUACCUCAUUUGUUAUUGAAAAGAUGUUUGAAGCGUCAGAUGAAGAUCUUCAGUCUACAUUGUGGACAAAAUACGUUGAUGAUAGUUUUGAACAUUUAAUUACUCAUCGAAUUAGUAAUUUCAUUGUUCAAAGGUUUUUUGACUCUGUCAAAAGUACAACUUUACUACAAGUCAUGAGUGAAAAGGCUGGAAGUCUUUUUAAUAACAUUUUGGAGGCUGAAAUGUUUGGAAUUUUUCUGUCAGUUGCUUCAGCUUGUAAUCGACUGAAAGCUCACCAAGCUUUAUUUAUGAAAAAUAUAAUGCUUUGCUUACAAUGUAAUGAGCCACCUGAAAAGCAAUUAAAAUUGGUGCCUUUACUUCUCGGUCUCAACAAAUAUGAGGAAUCUGAAUACAUUAAGACUUCAAAACUCACCAUACGUUUGCAUGGAUCUUUGCUUAUUCAAAAUCUUCUAACUUUUCAGAAGCCUAUAAAACUGGUGAACAGCUUGUUAGAUGUGAAACCACAAGUUCUUGCUUCUUUAGCAUGUCAUGUACAAGGCUGUUUUGUGAUAACUUCAUUCUUCAAAAGUGAUACCAUUGGAGAAAAGAGCAAAGACAAAUUAGCCCAGUGCUUACAGCCAGUUGCCACAACCAUAUCCUGUGAUGAAAAUGGAAACCUAACUUUGGCAAGAGUCUGGGUUCUUCUCUCUCUGAAACAAAAGAGUUUUAUUGCAAGUGAAUUAGCUAAAAAUGAAGAAAAGCUCAGAUCUCACAAAACAGGAAAUGUCAUUUUUAACAAGUUCAAAAUUUUUCAAUACAAGCGUAAUAUUGAACAGUGGAAAGAAUUUCAAACAAAGUUUUUAAACAAAAAAUGUAAAUAGCAAAAAAUUUAUUGAAUAAAAUUUUAUUGUUUAUA